AUGUGAGAUUCCUACCAAAAAAAGGAGAAAAAUGUCCACAUCCUCUCAGAAGCCAUCAAGCCUCCCAAAGCCUCCAAGUUACAAACCACCUCCUGACAUCACAGCUCACUCACCUGAGGAAGAUGAGCCAUCCCUGCCAAAUCUUUCUGCUAAUAAUACUUUUCAUGAUUUCCAGCAUCUCAUCGAGCAAUCUGAGCAGCGGAUGCUCCUCGCAAUAGAGAGAAUGUCGACAGAUAUUUCUAAUUCUAUUGAGCGUCUGAUCCAGGCUAUUCAACAGAAUCGUCCUGGUCCGGCAACCAUCACAACACCACCACAGGAGACCAUUGAGAGGCCCUGCAAAACAUUGCAGGAGCUGCAAGCUUUCAUAUUAAAACUUGAGGACCCAGAAGGGAAAAAAAGGAUGAUACAGUUUUUGAGCCUGAUGGGAGGUAGCAACAUUGGAGACGCUGUGAGGAGAAUCCUUCGAAAAAUAGCCACCAAUGAGGCCUGGUCAAAUUACAGCCUUAAAGGCCGAAAAGGAAAACUGACCUUCAUUGGGACAGCCCUCCACCAUAUUGUUUUAAGUGCUUGUGCCAAACAAUUUCCGAAACACACAGAAAAGGAAAUUGAUACAUGUAUAGGGGAAACCCUCAAACAUGCACCUCACCGUGCCAAGUUGGUUGCGACACCUGCAGCGGAAGAACAAUUUCGGGCACCUCCUGAAGAUGGAGACAGUGACUGAUACACACACACACACACAC